AUGCCACCAUCGUACGGAACACAAGCAUACUGGGACGAACGUUUCACAAAAGAGAACCACUUUGAGUGGCUAUUGCCUCCCGAUGCGCUGACGGGACCGGUCCGUGACGCCCUCGAGACGUGCGGCGAGACUGCUGCUGCUGCUGCUACUGCGUAUUACCCGAGACUUCUGCACAUUGGCUGCGGCUCGUCAGACUUGUCGUUUCACCUACGCAGUCUGGUGACGCAUGGCGAGCAAGUCGUCAAUGUGGAUUACUCCGAGGUCGCCAUCCGGAAAUGCGUCGAGCAGGAAGCCCUGCGUAGAAGCCGCGACAAUAACGGUGGUGAUCACGCAAGUAUGAUUUGGAAGACGGCAGACUUGCUCGCCCCGGCUUCCGUGGCCAUGCUGAGGCCGGCAACAGACCGUCUUGGCCAUGAUGCCGCCAAGGAAGCAGCACCAGGCUUUUUUGAUGUUAUUGUAGACAAAAGCACGAGCGACUGCAUAGCCUGCGCCGAUGACGUGAAAGUCGACCUGCCGUACCGUCUCUGUCUCCCUCUGCACCGAACUGCGGUAUCAUUGGCAGAUUACCCAGAAUUCGAGGUGCCGACAGUGGUGCCAUGCUCAAGUUAUGUGCACCCUCUCCACGUCAUUGCCGUCCACCUCGCGGCCUUGGCCAGGCCCAGGGUCGCGCGCUGGUUGUGUCUUUCCUACUCGGACGAUCGGUUCGACUUUCUGGGGACGAGCCAUAUCAACAACAGCAGCAGCAGGAAAGACUCUCCAGCUUUCGACGACGACGACGACAACAACAACCUUGUCCCAGACGGCUUCCCUGACCCGCGAGUGUUGUGGAGGGUCGAGAAGAAGCAGGAAAUAGUGGUUGGAGAGGAGGAGGAGUCGGGAGACGUUGCGAGGCCGUAUGUCCACCGACCGCCCACGGUGUAUUGGCUGUAUACCCUCGUCCGUACGGAGCAACCUCUCUGA